AUGGCCAUCUCGCACGAUCCCAUCACAGCAGCACCUACCGGCAUCGACGUCGAGGCAUGGACGGUCGAACAGGCAGCCGAGGCGCUACAGGCAACGACCAUUUCGACGCCGACCCCUCCUAGACCCCGCGCCAACGUCACCAUCGAGAUUCCGCUGGACGAAGAUGCUCUGGCCGCCGCGAAUGCUAUGGCUACCGCUAAGCCACCAUCAAAGCAAGAAGUUCACACCGUCUACAAGAGGCGAGAGCCCGUCCGCCGCGAUAGUCUAAAGCGUCGCGAAGCCUUGCUCAAGGGCAAAGAGGGAAGCCGUCGCAGACAGAGAUGGGAGAACGACCGCUUGCUCAACAACCCCUACGCUCAACCUCCUCUUCCUAGCGAUUGGGAGGUCCAUCCUACGUACCCCAUUCACAGCGUCCCAUACUUCCUGGCACCGCUUUGGGAUGCCGAGUACAAGGCCAAGGCACAGGCUAAGGUGAAUACUCGUCGUGCAAACAAUGUUGGCGACACUCGCGCACACGGAUCCAAGGNNGAAGAGCAGGCUGCGGCUCGAGUCCCGCGUGAACUCCGCGAGAAGCUCAAGAAGAGCCGCGGCGCGAAGAACAUGCUCCAAGAUCUUGAAGACGAGGUCAGAAGCUUCGUACAACAAUGGUCUGCCAAUGAGCGCCAGUUGGCCGAGGACGGCCUGGUCGAUGGUGAUAGUGAGGACGAGGAAAUCGUUUUCGUUGGCCGUAAUGGUGCAAUGAGCGAUGACCGUAAGCGCUCAAAGAGCGUUGUCAGCGACGACAGCAGUACGAGCAUCAGCAGUGAUGAUCUAGCAAAGGAGCGUAUGAUCCUUGAGAGUCUCGUUGAUGAUCGUAGUGCUGCAUUCGGGUAUGUAUAUGCUUUGGCUCUCAGUAGCAGUAGCCGUUUGCUGACAUUUGUUAGACGCUGGCUUGUACAUUCUAUCGCGACAUAUUAUGGUCUAGAGACGUGGUCAGUUACCAAGGGCAGCCCGGCUCGACGCGAGGCCUACAUAGGUCUUAAGCACAAGGCUGCCCCAGCGUUCACUGAACUACCACGACCUCUUUAUGUUCUCGUCUAG